AUGCCUUGUCGAGGCAGAGCGAGUGGAAACAAAGCGCUGGAAAUUCAUCAAGCUCUUUUGAACCCCGUGCAUUGUGGUACCGUAUUCAGAGACCAUCGGCGGAAAGAAAAAUCUUCAAGUAGAUCGCCACUCUUUGACGCCCGAUGCAAAAAGUGUCGUCCCUCGCGACUUCUGAUCAAGAUUGAUGUAUUCGUUUCAACGUUCGAAGUAUGGAGACAAGAAAUCUACGACUAA